AUGCAGUUGAGCUUAUUAGCAAGUCUUUUAUAUCCUGCAAAUGCAUACGAUCUAUGUAUUAAAUUGAAGGAAAGAGGAAUUCUCGCAAAACCUACUCAUAAUGCCACUAUCCGCUUAACUCCUCCCCUUUCAAUAAGUUUGGAUGAGAUUCGGGAAGGUGCUAAGGCGUUUCAUGAUGUAUUGGAAUGUGAUCUUCCGAAACUGGUGAAGGAGAAGCCGAUGGAAACUACUCCAAAAGCUUCGGAAUCAUGUCACCGUUGUGGACGCGACUUGUAUGGCUCUUCCUAGGAACUAUUUUCAUGGGAAUGGAAUAGAUUAUAGAUAUUGGAAUGGAAUAAACAAGGGAAUAGAAUGGAAUGGA